AUGAAACCCCUGAAUCCCAAAAUCUCUCAAGACGGUGUUCACUGGAUCUCGAGGGCUAUCGGCACCAUGGACCCUGAAACAGACUACGAGCUGAUAUGGCGUCUAACUUCAAGCUACCAUCUUUCCGACUUUGCCAAUAACUUGGUCUACACCCUCACCUUCCCCAACUUUAUCAUUCCCAUGCAGGGAGCAGAAGUGGUCUGGCGCUCCGACGGCGGCAAAUUCGUCCACAAAGCUAUCGGUCGAGUGGAGCACUACAACAUGUCGUCGUGGUAUUACGGUCCCAGCGAUCAACGUUGCCGAGACGCUCUUGAGAGAAUUAACCAGCUGCACGCUGGACUCACACGACAGUACCCUGGAAGGUUCUCCCACAAUGGGGACUACGUCUACACUCUCACAUUCAGCGCUGUCUUGAUGCACCGUCUGAGAAUACGGCUCGGUCUCUCUGGGUUUACGGAAAAGCAGAUGAUUGCCGCUCGCCACUUCUGGAGGGACAUGGCCCCCCUGUUCAGGGUGGAGGGCAGUGGGCCUGUGGAGGACUUCCCAGCAGAUUUUGAUGGGGAGCGCAAGCUGAAGCGCCCCUGA